GCAAUAUGAAGUCAAGAGGAUGUCUCGUAAUAUGUGAAGACACCCAGAAGAAUGUGAAGAACAUAAGUGUGUGUUGAUGGGGUUUCUAGCCAUCUGGGAGUCAUGGUGAUCUUGAGAGAAGGGAUCUGCCCUGGAAUAAACGAGGAAUUCAUUAAGGCUUUACAGUCAGAGGAUAUCAAAACAGUUGAAGACUUUGUCUCAUGUAACCCAGAAGAACUUGCACGAAAGUGUUCAUUGUCUUACAAGAUGGAGGCACUUCAAAAAAUCAAGGUGUUCCGAGUAUUUGAUGUCUUCUCUUUGCUCGCAUGUCUUCAACAUCUGAGAUCAAAUAGCCUUCAGAAGGCGUCUGUCGGAGGUGGUUCAGUCAAAGCGCUGAUGGUGGAUUCAGUCUCUGCUGUGCUCUCAUCCAUGCUCGGGGGGAAACAGAACGAGGGUAUGUCCUUGCUGAUGCAAGUUGCUGGGGAGCUGAAGAUGAUCGCCAAAGACUUCAACAUUGCUGUACUGGUGACAAACCAUGUGACCAAAGAUGGGAAUGGGCAUUUGAAGGCUGGACUGGGACAGUCAUGGAGUCAUGUGCCGCGCACACGUGUGCUCCUGCAGAGAGUGGAGGACGCAGAGACUUCAUCCUUACGAACCGCAACUCUGACCAAAUCAUCACGACAGGCUUGUCAUCUGGUAGAGGAGUUUGAUCUUUGUCACUGGUCUGAAGAGAGGAGAACCUCCAUUUCAGACAAGAGGAAACUAGAGGAAAGAAGUAAACCUUGACAAAAAUAUAUAGGUCUAUUUAGAGUCGGUGUAAAUAUGUAUAAUAUUUCUACAAACUGUUUCUGUUGUGGUCUUUGACAGGUGAUAAGACAUUUUCUUUCUUUGAAUGAAUGUUUUUGUAUAUGUACCGUUCAAUCAACUCAAAAAGACCUUGCAUUCUUUUUUUCUUAAAAACAUUUGCAUAAUGUUGGCACCUUAUUUUCUAAGUGAAAUUGAGCAAUGAGUAAAUAAAAAAAAAACAUUCGUUUUC